AAUGGAGAAGAACAUCCCAGGUCUUUCAACCUCAGAUAAGAAGCCAAGUUUAGAUAGUGUUGAUUCGAAAACUUGUCUUUGGUUAUUUAAGGAAAUAGAUAAAGAUAAAAACGGUUAUAUUGAUACAAAUGAAUUAGGUGAUGCUAUGAAUCGUCUUAUGACUAUUACGGACGUCGAUGUUAAAGUGAUGAUGGAUUAUGCGGAUAAGAAUAAAGAUCAUAGAUUAUCAUUUCCAGAGUUUAAAGGCGUAAUUGAAGACAUCAAACAAAUUCGAUCCAAGAAAGAUAGAUAA